AUGAAACAGUCCUAUCUCGUGGGACAAAUUCUCUACCAGCCUCGUCAAGAUGGGAAUUCCAACGGAAACAUUGGCGGGCAUCAGAUCUAUCUCAGUACCGACGGGGCCACCUACAACUUAGUUGCAUAUGGGACUUUCCUCGAUGACGCCACUACGAAAGUGACUACCAUUCCCCCAACAAAUGCUCGCUAUCUCAGGAUUGUAGCUCUUACAGAAGCUGGCAAUCGAGGUGCUUGGUCCUCAGCCGCAGAGAUUGAUAUAAAUGUAGCAACGCAGGCGGCUCCUGGUAGUCCAGCAGGCAAGGGCGCCUGGGGCUACACGGUCAACUUCCCGCUAGUCCCCGUCUCGUUAAUGAACAUAUACAAUGGCAACAUUCUUGCAUGGUCCUCAUUCGAUCCUAGUACUUUCGGCGGCGCUAGUGGAACGCAAACUAUCACAGCCGAAUAUUUCCCGGGCACACAGACCGUCACGAAGGCUCUUAUCACCAACACAAUGCACGACAUGUUCUGCGAAGGCUUAUCAAUGGAUUUCAAUGGUAAUGCUAUCGCUACAGGAGGUAACACAGCCUCUGCUGCCAGUAUCUACAACAGUGGCGCAAAUACUUGGUCAAAGGCCAAUACUCUGCAAAUCGCUCGCGGCUACCAAGCUCAAUUGACUGUCUCAACUGGCAAUACUUUCACUAUUGGCGCCUCAUGGUCUGGUGGUCAAGGCGGUAAGAACGGUGAGCUCUACAAUGCUGCCGCAGGUACAUGGAGUCUCCUAACCGGCACGCCCGUCGCCCCACUUCUGACUGCAGAUGCGCAAGGUGUCUAUCGUGCCGACAACCACGCAUGGCUCUUUGCCUGGAAAGGAGGAUCAGUCUUCCAAGCCGGCCCCUCCGUAGCAAUGAACUGGUACGGCACCACUGGCACCGGCACCCAGCAAGGCGCAGGCACGCGAACCGGAGACGGCGACUCGAUGUGCGGUGACGCAGCCAUGUACGACGCCAUUGCCGGCAAGAUCCUCACUGUCGGUGGAUCCCCAAAUUACCAAAACUCCGACGCCACAUCCAACGCACACAUCAUUACCCUCACCAACGCGAACGUCAACCCCGUCGUUACAACCAUCGCAAACAUGGCCUUCCCCCGUGCCUUUGCCAACAGCGUCGUUAUGCCCGACGGCAAAGUCUUUAUCACCGGCGGCCAAAGCUACGCUGUGCCCUUCAGCGACGAUACCUCGCAACUGACGCCCGAGAUGUUCGACCCAGCCACCAACACCUUCACGCAGCUCGCCCAACAACAGAUCCCCCGUAACUACCACAGCACCGCCGUCCUCCUUCCCGACGCUACCGUCAUGUCCGCCGGCGGCGGUCUUUGCGGGACUUGCUCCACCAACCACUACGACGGCCAGAUUUUCAAGCCGCCGUACCUGUACACUGCAUCUGGAACCCUCGCCACUCGGCCCGUCAUCAACUCCGUAUCCGUCACCACCGUCAAGGUGCCUCAGACAGCCAACCCGACAUUCACGAUCACGACGAAUAGCGCGGUCACUAGCUUCAGCAUCGUCAGGUUGGCUAGUACCACGCACACGGUCAACACGGAUCAGCGACGUAUCAAGCUCACUAUUACGGCUACGAGUGGAUUUACGUAUACGGUGCAGAUCCCGACGAAGGAUCCCGGCCAGGCGGUGCCCGGGUAUUGGUAUGUUUUUGCGCUUACUAGCGCGGGGGUGCCGAGUGUGUCGAAGACGAUUAAGUUGACGCUGUAG